UCGCAAUUUAACCGUCAACCAUGUCGAACGCUGAAGAAAAACUGCGUGAAGUGUUGAAUUCCAUCAUUAAAAAUAAAUUUCCGAAUGCAUCUAAAGUGGAAAUUAAUCCUAUUAGCAGUGGUGGGGCUAACUACAGUUCAACUUUAUUUGAAAUGUUUAUCGCUACUCCAGAAGGUACUAAAGAACUUUUCGCGAAAGUCGCCUCGCUGGGCGACGUUUUCAAAGACACAAGUCAACGUGUCUUUGAUACAGAAGUAUUCGUCUUAACAAAAGUUGCAAAUGCGUACGAAAAACUACAAGUCAAACAUGGGAUAAUAGAAAGAUAUACAUUUCCGAAAAUUUUCACACAUGAUUGCGAUAUACCGAUAGUCGUCUUGGAGAAUCUAGCUUCUAAAGGAUAUGAAUGUUAUGAUAGAUUCAAAAGCAUUGAUUGGAAUUAUGCGUCAAAAUGUGUAGAAACUUUGGCCAGAUUCCAUGCUCUGUCUUUUGCUUUAAAGAAGGAGUAUCCAGAAGAAUUCCAACUGGUUGGCGAUAGGCUGGAUUAUAAGUGGAUUGAAACUGAUCUUACAAGUGCGGCUUGGGAAGGUGCUAAUGAUGGCGCCAUAGCAGCUGUUAAUAAAGAAGAUAAAGAGAAACUUUCGAAGGUUCUAGAAGGAACCGUCGGUUGGAGUAAAUUCUUCGAACUCGGCAAACCCCUUAAAACCUCUGUGCUUAUUCACGCAGACUAUCGCCCGAGUAAUUUAAUGCAUAAAGAAAUGAACGGUGAAUACCAUGUGAUCCCCGUAGACUACCAAACUACCAGGCUCGGGUGUCCGGUAUCCGAUCUCUUGUACUUCAUCGUAAUGGGUUCCGACCAGAAGUUCCGAAGGCAACACUACCCCCAACUGGUGGAACAUUAUUAUGAGCAUUUGGCUCUGCUGAUGAUGAGAUUUGGUUUGAAGCCUGAGGAGGAGUAUGGGAGGGAGGAAUUUGAGAGUGACAUUAAGGCGAAGCUCCCAAUCGCCCUCGGUCUAGCAGCGAUAGUGCUGCCCUUCGUGACAGUGGACGCCGCGAGCGCUCCGAACUUCGAGCGCAACGAGUACGUGCCGCGCCCGAACGAGCUGUUCGCACAACGGUUCCGCGAACUUGUGGACGACUUUAAGGAGUGGGGAGUUAUAUAA